AUGCUACUGGUUAUCCUCUAUUUCGUCCUAAACUUUGCCGGUUUUUUGGUGUUUCUGGCGAUUUGGAAUCGGAUACCGAAGCCCAAGCCAUUCGACUACACUACCAUCCCAGGCAUGAAAUUGAACGUCUCCACGCCCGAUGAGAUACCAGAUAUGAUAACGUACCCAGGUGACUCUGUGGAUAAGGAAUUCAAUGGGACUUUCGAUGAGAUCAAAAAAAUAACUUCUGAUCUACGUGAGCUUCUAGAUUUCAUGAAUACAAAAUACGGUCCUUUGAGCUCUUUCUGGUGGUCUUCCCGAUAUGUAGUCGUGGUUUCCGACGAGAAUUUUAUUGGAGAAUUGAAGAAAUAUAGAUCACAUUUAGUGUCUUUAUCACCAUUUGCCAUUGGUAGCUACCUUCACGGUCACCGUAAAUACUGCACUACCAAUAAGCUUGCCACGUUGAACAUUCGUGUCGGGACCCAAAAAAUUGAGUUGGAUAAAGAUUUAAUGGAAGAUGUGCAGAAUAAGCUUGUUAUGAGUUUAGAAGAGGUGCCGGCGGAUUCAGAAGUCGCUGACGUGGCACAAAUAAUUCUGAAUUUGAAGCAGUGUAAAGUGCAGAUGAGAAAGAAUCGGAAAUCGUUGAGCCGCCCGUUAAUGGUGGUUUUUGAUAAGGAGAUAUGGGUAGAUGCGCAUCCGAUUCCGAAAUAUAUUCCUAUAAUCCUCCAUACCUCCGAAAUAAUCCGCGAGUGGUCUGACGACGAAUUAUUCCCCAAGUUUUUCGCGCAAUUCUACUGGCUUCCCGGCUUCUCAAUGAUCACCGAUAUAGCUGUGUAG